AUGAGAUUUACCCGGCAAGGGAAACUAAUUUUUACUACAAAGGAUCCGGGAUGUGCAAAACAACUUCUUAGCUUAGAGCAGAUUAACGAUACUAAGGUUACUUCAAACGUUAUUUGGGAAGGAGUUACUUCUAGAUUUCUGCUUAUUGAUAUGCCCACAUGUGUUCCACUCAAAGAAGUUGCAGAUGAACUGCGACAGUUUAAUGAUAUUGAAAUCAGAGAGAUGAGACGUUUUGUCAAACAAAAUUCGACACAACAAACUUCUCCAAUUCUCGCAACAAUUCUGGGUACUUCUCUUCCAGAUUCAGUUAAACUUUGGCUUACAAUCCAGAAAAUUCGACCUUUUAUCUAUCGGCCUAGACAGUGUUCAAAAUGUUACAGUUUCCUACACCCAUCUAGGAUAUGUUCGAAAGACCAAGUUUGCCAAUUAUGUGGAACAGAACACGUUGGAAAUUGUCGAAACCCAGUUAAAUGCCUUAAUUGUCAAGGUUCUCAUGCAGCAACAUCUCAAGCAUGUCCCUUGUACGUCAAAGAACAACAAAUUUUGGAUCUAAAAUGUCGUAACCACCUCACUACGGGGGAAGCACGACGCAUAUUUAAUGCAUCAUCUAAUACAACUUAUGCGACUACGGUCGAGUCUAUGGUGCAGCAGUUAAUUCAUGUGAUUGACAAAGGUGAAAAAAUUAAAUCUCCAUCCAGGAAGAAAAAAGCUUUACUUAAUGCUUCGAAAAACUUCGCUAGUUCUACUAGUCAACCCAUGCAAUGGGACGCUGGUGGCCCUGCUGGGACUUCGGAUUAA